AUGGAGGAAAGUAAAAAGAAAAGAAAUCGCGAAGGUGACAUACAUUCGAAGAGUAUACCGCCACAUAAGAAGUCGAAAGAAGAUGCAACAAAUAACAAAGCAGUAGAUACAUCCCUACGUUUGAACAUGCCUAAGGGUUAUAAAAUGAUGGAAAUCAUGGGUUACAAAGAAGGUGAAAUAUUAGGUAAGAAUCGGAGCGCCCUAAAAGAACCUAUUAAAGUAGAAAUCAAACCCAAAAAACAGGGUAUUUGUACCAGUAAGCCUGACUCAUCCAUAGCAAGUGACAUGAAAAUGAGUAAACAAAAGUUCAUAAGAUGGAAAAGUGAAAAAAAGCAUAAAGAACGACUAGAAAAAAUCUGGUAUAGAAUCCAAAAAGUUGCUUUUGACAUGAUGGGUGAUUCUGAGUUAUACAAUCCAGGCCAAGAUCCGAGGGAUUUCAACGUACUUUGGAGGUCCUACGUUAUCCAACUAAAUGAAGAAUUAAAAGGCGGUAACUCUAAUAAUGACAGUAGUUAUAAUACAGAUGCGAAGGAUGGCAAGUCACAGAUAUCAGUGGAAGAGUUAGAGUCUUCGACUAUGCCCAAAAUCGAAAAAAAAGAAUAUACGCCCGUAGCAAUUAAUUACAAUACUUCAAUGGUUAGCGAUUCCACUACGGAUGACACUGAACUUGCUGCAUUAGAGGAAUUAAGCAUUGAGAAAAGGAUAACGAAAUUGAACAUAUUUUUGAGAUACGAGAGGUACUACUGUUUUUUUUGUGGGAUCAAGUAUAACGAUGAAUGUGAUCUCUAUGAGCAUUGUCCAGGUGUGAACGAAGAGGACCACGAAUGA